CCAAGAUCAACUCGUGUGAAGUGAAGGUGGGGAUUAAUAAUCCUCUUGUCAAGAUCUCUCUUCAUCAACUAUCAGUUGAUAUGUCUCAAUGAGCCAAAUUUUUAUAGUGUUUAUAAUACUUGAAUACUUAUUCAAAUUCAUAAAAUGACUUCUAAGUCCGAAAUCACCUUGGAGCAUUUUUAUAUUUUUAAUGGCACUUAUGCGAAGAAGGAAGGAGAGGAAGAAAAGAAAAUAUUGUAUUACUAUCCGGAAAAGGAAAUAGAUGUUCAAAUCAAGAACAUAGGGCUUAGCGAAGCGAUAAUCAAGUUUACAGAAUCUUUUAAUCCUGGACAGCCAUGUGACUAUUGCCAUACACAUAAAAUACGUCAGAUAUAUUAUCAACCAGAACCUAAUUUUUGGAUGGUAAUGAUCGUUGGUGUACCAUACAUCUAUAAAGAAAGAGACGGUAAUAAAUAUCAGAAUGAUGAAGUAUCCAGCAAUGUUUGUCAAGCUAUAUUAAAACAGACAUACAUGAUGUUCAGAUUAUUCAUGGGUUCCUUUAAAACUAUCAUUAAUGAUCCUGAAUGUGGCUCUGUAAUGUUGUUAAAACUUAAACUAGAACAUUUUUAUUCACGAUAUCUGCUUUCAUUAAAACUGAAUAAUAGUGAUAUAUUAGAUGUUUUCCAAGGUUUACAAUUCUUACCUCUUGACAAGAUUACAUUUCUCAAAGUGCAAUGUUUUAUGAAUCUUGUAGAAGCUAUGUUUACGCAAGUAAAAUACACUGCAUUUCUCUAUAAUGACCAAGUUGUUUGGAGUGGCUUGGAACCUGAAGACAUGCAAGUAGUUUAUAAUUAUUUAGUAAGUACUCUUUUACCAGCUCACCUUGAAAAAGAAUUACAUGGAGGCUCAAUACCUAGAAACUCUCCCUCACCAUUCACUUCUUCACAUUAUGGAAAAUUUGUUACCGGACCUGCUAGCGUUAAUGAACCCAGUUUAAUUGGAAAAUCACCAAAAGUUUUUAUCAACUACUCUACUAAACCUGUAUCAUUGUAUCUAGUAGUGUAUCGAGCACUAAGCGCUACAAUAUGUCUUUUCGUCGAUAAGAAAACUAGUUUAUUAAUUGAUUUCUUUAAAAGCUUAGACGGUUUUCUGGGACCACAAUUAACCACAUUAGUUAGCUCUGUAGCUGAGCAGUGCUCAAAACAUGUAAUAGUUACACCGGAAUCGUGUACUAAGUAUCUGUAUUUUAAUAAGUUAAAUCUAGCAUACAAGAGUACAAUACAUUUAGAUAAUAGACGUUGCUCUAAUGUACUUACAACACCUGAGGUCUUGAGGAUUAUUACUGAUAUAUACAACGAUAGAAACAGAUUGAAGGAAGCUGGAGAAGUAAUUAUAAAGACCAUAAGUGAUUAUUGGGUUAUUGGAAAGUUGUCAAAUCUAAGAGAAUUUUUUGUUGUUAUACAGCAGAAAAGUGCGAGUAUUAUAGAAAUUGAUGAUGAAGUAAAGAGGCUUUGCGAGAAGCAAUUAAAAAGUAUUUUUUUCCAUUGAUGAAUAUGCAACGAAAAAUGGAAAU